AUGGCCGCCAACGAGCAGCAACAGGGACAUGCUCCAACAGAAGAUGUAAACAUGACCGAUGCUCAGUCCGACCAACCAACUCAGCAGCAGCAACAGCACCUAACAAGCCACCACCACAUCCCCGACCGCCCCCCUCACCCUGUCUCUCCGGUCCCGAUCCCCCAAAUCCCCGGCCGUCCAAGUCCCACAGGGGCACACCCCACCGCAAACCAAGGACCCAGCGCGAUACGGUCUACAGCUACAACGAACGGCUCGACAAGCGAAGACCAACAAUCUCAACCACUACCACCGUACCAGCAGCGGGCUAGCUCGUCACGAGCUGCCUCUGCACAUCCCCAGGAUUCUGGCCAGGGUCAGCAACAGGGACCGGGAUCAAUGGGCACAGCAGGCAUGCCCACGGAACCGACACUUCACGGCGCGCCGGUCAGGCAGUACUUGAAUACCAAGGUGACGGGGCACUUGUUGGAAGGGAUGAAGAUGCUAGCUAAGGAACAACCAAAAGACCCCCUCCGAGCCCUAGGCGAAUUCCUCCUCCAGCGAUCUAAACAGUAUGAGGGUGGUGGUGGUGCGAAUGGUAGUUCAACUAGCGCAUAG